AUGAAUUGCCAUGGACAGGUUCUCCGACAUGGCCAACUCCUCCUUAAUUUACUCGAAGCGUGCUCCACCAUUCGGUCCUUCGACUCAACCAAAUGUCUCCAUGCACUCUCCGUCACAAUGGGUCCCAUUCCAAAGCAAUCCAUCUUCAUCCACAACAACAUCAUCUCUUCUUACAUUUCUCUCGGCGAAGUGUUUCAUGCACGCAAGGUGUUCGACGCAUUGCCCCACAGAACAGUUGUCUCUUACAACACGCUUAUCAAUUCGUACAGUCGAAAUGGGGAUGUAGAUGAUGCUUGGAACUUGCUUUUCCAUAUGAGGAUGAGUGGUUUUGUGCCUACCCAGUACACUCUCAGCGGGUUGUUAUCGUGUGAAUCGUUGAAUCUUUCUCACGGUGUUCAGUUGCAGGCUUUGAGCAUGAAGAGUGGACUCUUUGAUGCUGAUGCUUUCGUGGGUACUGCUUUGUUGGGCUUGUUUGGGAGGCAUGGAUGUUUGGAUGAGGCGUUUUUGGCAUUUGAAGAUAUGCCCCAGAAGAGCUUGGUGACCUGGAACUCGAUGUUGUCCUUGCUGGCACGUAAUGGUUUUGUUGAAGACUGUAAGAUUUUUUUUCGUGAUCUUGUGGGGAUGGGGAUUUCUUUGUCGGAAGGCUCUUUUGUGGCCCUUUUGUCUGGACUUGUUGAUCCUGAAGAGGAUUUGGAAUAUGGUGAACAGAUACAUAGUUUAAUGACUAAAUGUGGGUUUGAUGGUGAAAUUAAUGCGGUUAAUUCUCUCAUCAGUGUGUAUGUCAAAUGCAAAGCCAUGUCCUCGGUGGAAAGAUUGUUUGAGCAGGUUCCUAUUCAAAAUGUUGUGUCCUGGAAUACAGUCAUUGAUGCAUUGGCUAAAAGUGAGAGACCUCAAAUGGCGUUGGAGCUGUUUUUGAAUAUGUCCAGAAGAGGAUUGAUGCCAAGUCAGGCCACAUUUGUAGCUGUUAUUGACUCAUGUACUAGUUUGAGAAAUUUAGUGUGUGGAGAAUCUCUCCAUGCUAAGGUAAUCAGGAGUGGUUUUGAAUCCGAUGCUAUUGUGGGUACUGCAUUGGUAGACUUCUAUGCCAAAUGUGAUCAAUUGAUUUCCGCCCAUAACUGUUUUAAUCAGAUAGAAGAGAAAAAUGUGGUUUCUUGGAAUGCUUUGAUAUUGGGUUACUCAAAUAUUUGCUCUUCCACGUCUAUUCUAUUGUUACAAGAAAUGCUUCAAGUGGGUUAUUUCCUUAAUGAGUUCUCCUUUUCUGCUGUUCUUAAGUCAUCAUCAUUAUCAGACCUACAUCAACUCCAUGGUUUGGUUAUAAGAAUGGGGUAUCAGAAUUAUGAAUACGUAUUGAGCUCUCUUGUUAUGGCUUACGCCAGAAAUGGUCUCAUAAAUGAAGCACUUUCGUUUGUCAAAGAAUUUAAUAAUCCACUUCCUCUAAUCCCAUCCAACAUCAUUGCUGGAAUCUAUAACAGAACUAGUCAGUACUAUGAAACAAUAAAGUUUCUUUCUUUGCUCGAAAAACCUGAUGUUGUAUCUUGGAACAUUGUCAUUUCAGCUUGCGCUCGGAGCAAUAAUUAUAAUGAGGUUUUUGAGCUUUUCAAGCAUAUGCAUUCUGCACGCAUCCGUCCAGAUAAUUACACAUUUAUGAGUGUAUUAUGUGUAUGCACCAAACUUUGCAGUUUGGAUUUGGGCAGUUCUCUUCAUGGACUUAUUAUGAAGACUAAUCUUAACCGUGACACAUUUUUGUGCAAUGUACUAAUUGACAUGUAUGGGAAGUGUGGAAGCAUUGAUAGUUCAGUGAAAGUUUUUGAAGAAAUUACGGACAGAAAUAUUAUUACAUGGACAGCUUUAAUUACUGCCCUUGGGCUGAAUGGUUAUGCUCACGAGGCAGUAAAGAGAUUCAAAAACAUGGAAUUGACGGGGUUGAAGCCUGAUGCAUUGGCUCUCAGAGCAGUGCUUUCUUCUUGCAGAUAUGGUGGAUUAGAGAGCGAAGGGAUGGAAAUUUUCAGGCAGAUGGGAACCAUUUAUGGGAUUCAACCAGAACUUGAUCAUUACCAUUGCAUAGUAGACCUCCUGGCUAAAAAUGGACAGAUUAAGGAAGCUGAGAAAAUCAUUGCAAGCAUGCCUUUCCCACCAAAUACCAACAUAUGGCGUAGCUUCCUUGAAGGCUGCAAGCGGCAAGAAAUUGCAAAUUGA